GUGUUCUCGCAUGAUUCCUCUUCUUUUAAUUCUUCGAGAUGAUGAGACCUGAGUUCCUGAGACCAAACAAGAGCUUUUAAAACCCCUUCUGUUUACGGUUGGAUUCGAACUCCGAACUUGUGGGCGUUGCGUCCGAUCUUGUCGCUAAAUAUCUUCCUUCUUUCAUGAUUUUCGCGACAAACGUUGGCCUUCUUCAAGUCACCUCCUUGAUGCGAGUAACCAUCAGAAGUUUGCAGUUGAGAGAAGCAUGAAUUCAACAUCAACACAUUUCGUGCCACCGAGAAGAGUUAAUAUAUACGAGCCUCUCCAUCAAUUUGGUAUGUGGGGAGAAACUUUCAAGAGCAAUAUUGGCAAUGGGAAUAUCAACACCCCCAAGCCACAUUAUAAUAACGAAUAAUCAGAAACUAGACAACAACUUGUCAGAGGAUACUUCCCAUGGAACUCCUCUCAUCUUUGAUCAAGAAACUUCCACGUCCAGACAUCCUGAUAAGAUAAAGAGACGGCUUGCGCAGAACCGCGAAGCUGCCAAGAAAAGUCGCUUGCGCAAGAAGGCUUAUGUUCAGCAGCUAGAAACAAGCAGAUUGAAGCUAAUACAGUUAGAGCAAGAACUCGAUCGUGCUAGACAACAGGGAUUCUACGUUGGGAAUGGCAUAGAUACGAGUACUACUACUUCUCUAGGUUUCUCGGAAAACAUGAAUCCAGGUCUGUAUCAAGAACAGGGUAGUAUUCUUGACAAGAAUCAAAACUUGAACGUCAAGAUUAAAACAGGGUUUGCUGCAUUUGAGAUGGAGUAUGGGCAAUGGAUUGAAGAACAGAACAAACAGAUAUGCGAACUAAGAACUGUUUUGCAAGGACAUGUCGGCGAUGUGGAGCUUCGUUUGCUUGUUGCAAUCGCCAUGAAACAUUAUUUUGAUCUUUUCCGGAUGAAAUCAGCUGCUGCAAAAGAGGAUGUUUUCUUCGUCAUGUCAGGGAUGUGGAGAACUUCUGCAGAUCGAUUCAGAUUUCGUAAACCGCCUUGGAAUUUCAACACUCCUUUGUGUUCUCUUUGGUGCCUUUGCAAACUGUGGUCAAUGGUGAUGGAUAAACUCCGCUGCCGAUUGCAAGACAUCAUUGUCGGUGUUGACAGUGCAUCUAUUAUUUUUCAGUCAGAGGAAUGGUGGUGUUCAAUGGAGAAUUAUCUUCUUUCAUUGCUGGUUUUCCGAGACCUGUUAUUGUUGAACACAUACUCCACAGAUUUUUGAUUGCAUAAGAAGCUUCUGAACAAUGGUGGUGCUGUCUGACUGAUUCGCCUGUGUUGAUAACUCUACUUUGAUCAUGAACUUCUAAUGUAAUAAAGGCAUCAUUGACUUUGAUUUGAAUCUGUUGUGCUUUUUAAAAAAUCUGAACUGGCUGGUUACUCUCACAAUUUAGCCGGUUAUCCAGAGAACCAAGCAUU